UCUCAGUCCAGUUAGAGCUCGAGCACAAAACAGUGUCGGAAUUCGAAUUCAUAUGUGAACAUUUCAUGUAAAAGUUGGAACGUCCACACCACAAGACACACAUGGCUGACCACUUUUACUUUCCAGAAAAGUCAUUGACAUCUAAUGAUGAUGAUCAUGAUGGCAGUUUCUGGUUCGGUGCCGGUUUGGAAAGAGAACGCUCGAAUCCUACGCUUUUUGGCGCAUUGAAGGAGAACGUCGACUGGGAAGUGCGCGAGUCUUCCGCCGGUGGUCUUGGUGUAUUCGCGAAAAGGAACAUAAGAUGUGGCUCCUUGAUUCUGUGCGAGGCGCCGCUGCUAGCAAUUUCAGAUUUGAAGCUCGAUAGGACGAGGAAUGAUGUCGACGACAAGCAGGUGAAGUUGGGGAAUAUACAUGCUGGAACACCAGAAGAUGGACAGGAACAUGGGCUGGUGCGUACUUCUUGGACAAAACUGGAAAAGAUCCGUGCCAAUGCCUCUCUGAUUGACAAGUACUACGCUGCGCUUACCGAAGACAAGAAGUCGCGGUUCUUGCAGCUUCAUGAUGCGUCAGGGGACCUGCGCCAGUGGCACUCUCGACAGGUGAAUGCUUCUACUAUGGCAACUGUGGAGCAGGUUGAGGACGCUUCUGCGAGGAGUGACGGGCAGUGGAGCGUGCGGGAUAUUAAUGCUCGGACCGACAGUAUCAAAAAAACACCGGCUGGGGUAUUUUUCUCAAAUGUUUUUGGCACUUCACCGGGCUGUGUGUACGAGAAGAUCAGUCGCUUCAACCACUCCUGUGCCCCAAACGCUGCUGCAGAUCCUGACAUUACUGCCCGAUUGCAGGAGUUUGAAGGCCACGACCAGUGGUCGCUGAAAUGCGUAAAAGCCACCCGCGACCUCGCCAGUGGGGAGGAGAUCUUCAUUGACUAUUUGGGUUUGCAAAGCUGUGAGAAAGACGGCGGCUCCUUUGUGUCGCUCGACAGCGCUCUGAUCCUGCAGAGCCAUUCAGUGCGGCAGUCUUAUUUGCGAUUCUCGUUCGGAAAACCCUGUGCCUGUCCGGUCUGCUGUGUGUCCACUACAACGAGCGACCGGAACCGAGAAAAAGUCAUAGCAAAGUGGCAGGAGCUCCCUACUGACGAUGAGAUAGCGGCCGUCUUGAUGGUUGGUAGCAGCAGCAAGAAGUGCAGCAUCGGUGAUGCUUUACUGCACCAGGCUCGUCGAACGGACCUUCUAGCGCGCGAAAUUUUUGAACUGCUAUUCUACGGUGAGAAGCUUCGGCACUUGUUCCCUGUUUUCGAGGAGCUUGCGGAUUCGGUGCUGCUCCUCUGGGAAAAUAAUGCUGCAAGCGAAAUAGACCCAACAAGCGGCUGUGAAAAAACCACGCCUACGACUAGGCUGCGAAGAGGAGCACAGCUCUUGGAAAAGAACAGAGUUUUGGCGUUCUGGCUGCGACUGAAGUAUGAAAUCGUUCGGUUUCAGCGGGGGCAAGAAGACCCUGAAAGCCGAGCCUGCCACUUGGACUGGCUCGAAGCAGCGAGGACCUGUGAGCCGUCGUGA